AUGAUUAUGAAACAUUGGAAGGCUGGUUUGAAUCUGUCAGAUAUUGCUGUAGAUGUUGUUCCAGUGUGGGUUCGGCUUCAUGGGCUUGAUUUGAAGUUUUGGGGACAACAGACAUUGAUGAAGAUAGGGAGUUUAAUUGGUAAACCAAUUAGGAUGGAUAGAGCUAUUGCAAAUAGAGACAUGAUUGCUUUUGCCAGGCUCCUAGUGGAAGUGCAAGUAGGAUGUGGGAUUGAGAAAGUGGAAUUCAUGGAUGAAUUAGGCCAAAUUGUGACACAAGAGGUGGAGUUUGAAUGGAAACCUGUCCUGUGCACUAGUUGUAAGGGACUGGGUCAUGAUAGUUCUCAAUGUACUAGGGUGAGAAUGGAAAAGAGGAAUGGGCCUCAUAUCAAGAAAGAUAAUCAAAAGAAGAAUGGACCUACUAGGAAGGUUUGGAAGCCUGUUCAGAAACCUUCUCAGAAGUCAGUUCAAUCACCUGUUCAGAAGGCAGGGCUUGUAGGCAGUGAUACUGAGAAUGAGGAAGUUGAACAAGGCAGUGACUGUUUGGCAAUAGGGAGGAGGCAUUUAGCUUUUGUUGACAAGGUGGUACAGCAGGAUAUUGGACUGUUUGGACUCCUAGAAACAAAGGUGAAGGCCAAGAAUUUUGGUAAGGUCUUCUCCAAUUUUGGUGAUGAGUGGUCUGUGUGUGCUAAUUACUCAAAGUGUGUAGGGGGUAGAAUCUGGGUUAUUUGGAAACCUACUAUUUUCACUGUUACUAUUAACAAGAUUGAAAAUCAGUGUAUUCAUGUUCAAAUUCUGCAUAAGGCUACUGGUCUGCUAUUCUGGUUGACUGUGGUGAAUGGUUUUAAUAAGCCUAGUAGAAGGGAAGAUUUAUGGAGGUAUUUGGAAGAGAUCAGUAGGUGUAGUAUGGAUCCUUGGAUGGUUUUUGGAGAUUUUAAUAAUGCUCUGAAUAUUGGAGAUAGGGUUGGUUCACCUGUUUCAUUAGCAGAAGUUGAUGCUUUUAGGUUUGUGGGCUUACUGAUUUCAACACUAGUGGUUGUGAAGCCUAUUAAGGUUGUGUUUCUGCCAGAAGGUCUCAUGGAUCAUUGUCCCUGUGUGGUGGAUCUAUUGGAUUCUGAGAUGGGUUUCAAAAAGCCUUUUAAGUUCUUCAACUUUUGGUCUGAGUUGCCUGAGUUCCAAGAAGUGGUAGCUAGGGCUUGGGAUUGUAAUGUGACUGGGACUGCUAUGUUUUGUUUAGUUCAAAGACUUAAAGCCUGUAAAAAUGGGCUUAAAGGUUUGAAUAAGAACCAGAAAUGUGUUGAUCCUAGAGGAAAAGCUAGGAAGCAGUAUGGUGAGGCUCAUAAGAAGAAAAUGAGCUUUCUAAAACAGAAAGCUAAGCUCCAUUGGCUCAAACAUGGAGAUGUGAACUCUGCUCAUUUUCAUGCUAGCAUAAAGAAGAGAAGGCUUCAGAACAGGAUUAGUAGUAUUGAGAAUAAGGAUGGGGUGGCUGUCCAGGGGCAUGAGCAAAUUGCAGAUGCUUUCUUAGGGUUUUACAAGGAUUUACUAGGUACUGAUGUUCCUGUUCAGGGUUCCAUUCAUCAAUCUGUUAUUGAUGAAGGGCCUGUGAUUGAUGGUGAUAGGAGCAGGGGGCUUUGUAGGCCUUUUCUAGAUGCUGAUGUUAAAAAGGCUUUGUGGGAUAUAGAUGACAAUAAGGCCCCUGGUCCAGAUGGGUUUUCUAGCCAGUUCUUCAAGAAGGCUUGGGGUAUUGUGGGCAAAGAUGUAUGUAAGGCUGCUCUUGAUUUCUUUCAAACUGGUAAACUUCUGAGGCAGGUUAAUAAUACUGCUAUUACUUUGAUCCCUAAGGUGGAAUGUGCUAGUAAAGUUGGGCAAUAUAGACCUAUUUCUUGUUGCAAUGUAAUGUACAAAAUCAUCUCUAAGAUGAUUUGCAGUAGGCUAAAGGAAGUAUUGCCAGAUCUUGUUUCUGAGGAUAUACUUAAAGAUUACAAGAACAAAAGGAAGCCACCUCGUUGCACUGUUAAGGUGGAUUUACAGAAAGCUUAUGAUUCUAUCAGCUGA